AUGAGCAUGCCGCCCAGAAAGGGCCUGGACGAGAUCUGUGAGGACGUGUGGACGAGAACGCCGCAAACCAAGACUCAGCGAGGGGGUGAUGACGGUUAUCUGACCUCGCCCGUCGAGGACGGCAGAUACACCCAGGCGGGAAGAAGGGGACCAGGGACGAGCGCCACGAAGAUGCCACCAAGAAAAAUGCACCGAGAACGAGACGACCACCAAGUUGGGUCCCCCUUUGAGCAGAUCAAUGUCCCGGGGCGAGGCGCGACCAUAUGGCUUUUUACCCCAAGGGCCCAAAAAAUCCCAAAUAAGAACCAUGACUCACGGGGGUGUGAUGAGAGUUAUCUGACCUCCCCUGACCCUUCGGGCCCAGCGCCCGACUUGCUAAGGGGCCAGAAGGCCAAUCACGGGUGCCCUGGGCCGCCCAUUUUGCCCGGGGGUAAACACCCCGCGGAAUUUCGGGGGGGUAUGUUCGGGAAGCGCCCAAUCAAGGAAAGUUCUCCGCCCCGCGAGCCCCCAGGAACCCUUUUCCCCCGGGGUGCCCUCGGCGGUGAGUUUCCCCCGGGGGGGUUCCCUCGGCGGGCAGCCCUGGGGGUGUCCCGGGGGCCCAAGCUCCUCCGGGGUGCCCUCGGCGGGCCCGCCCCUCCCGGGGUUUUCCCUCGGAAGGCCCCCCCGGGGGUUUGUCCUCGGCAGGCAGCUCCCCGGCAGGUCCUCGGCAGGCAUCCCCCCGGAAGGCCCUCGGAAGGCAGCCCCCUCCGGUAUGUCCUCGGAGGCAGCCCCCCGGGAAAGCCUGGGCCCGGGCCCCAGCUCCUCCGUUUCCCUGGGCAGGCAGCUCCCCCGGGCAUACCCCGGGAAAAGGCAGCCCUCCGGAUAUCCCCCCGGCAGGCAGCUCCUCCGGCAAGCCCUCGGCAGGCAGCUCCUCGGAAAGUCUUCGGCAGGCGCUCCCCCGGCAAGCCCUGGCGGGGCAGCCCUCCAAAAGUCCUGGGCAGGCAGCUCCCCGGAAAUUCCUGGGAAGGCAGCUCCCCCGGUUUUCCCUCGGGGGCAGCCCCUUUCCGGAAAAAACCCUUUCGGCGGGCAGCUCCUCCGGUUUUGCCCCGGAAGGCAGCUCCCCCGGAAAAGUCCUGGGCAGGCGGGCCCCUCCGGCAUAUCCUCGCAGGCAGCUCCCCCGGGGAAAACCCCCGGGAAGGCACUCCCCCGGGCAUACCCUGGGCGGGGGCAGCUCCCCCGGGCAAGUCCGGGGCAGGCAGUCCCCCGGCGAGCCCUGGGCCAGGCGCCUGGGCAAGUCUUCGGCGGGCAGCUCCCCCGGAAAAGUCCUGGGCAGGCAGCUCCCCCGGGAAAGUCCUCGGCGGCAGCUCCCCGGGCCCAAAAAUCCUGGGCAGGCAGUUCCUCCGGUAUAUCCUGGGGGGGAAGCUCCCCGGGCAUAUUCGGCAGGCAGCCCUCCGGCAUAUCCUCGGAGGCAGCCUCCUCCACAACCCUGGGCAGGCGCUCCUCCGGCUGCCCUCGGGCAGGCAGCUCCCCCGGUUUGUCCCCGGCAAAAAAUCCCCCCGGGGCCAUAUCCUCGGCGGGCAGUCCUCCGGCAGCCCCUUUACCAAGCGGCAGGGCAACGGCGGUUUAACUCCUGGGGACUUCGUGCAGUCGUUUGGCGUGGUGUUAAAUGUGGGCUAA